AUGAAUUUGACUCCAGGGCAGGCGCAUGAGGCGUAUGUCGGACCACCGUCCAAUCCCGUUGACGUGGCAGCGUUCUUGAAGGAGGCGGGCGAGCUGCAGGAUGGCUCGGAGGAACAAGGACCACUCCCGGUCUUCUCGCAGUCCGCCUGUGACCUUCCUGCGGGCGCAAGGGAGGCAUGGACGGCCCUGCCUCAAGAUGAACAAGACAGCAUCAAGGCAGAAUGCUGCGUGGAUGACUUGCGCAAACAACUCGAGGACAUCAUCGAGAACCCCCGCUUGAUGGGUCACAUCGCCAGAACACAUGAAGCAACCGUGCACGCUAUCUAUGAAACUGCGGAACCCACGAGCAGGAAGAAGCGCAAGCGGACGACUCUAUCCGACCCCGAGGAAGAACAUGCCGAGGUGACCGCGCUCCGACUCAAGCUGGAGGCCACACAGCUGAAGUGUUGGCCAUUAACGCUACACGCCGCCUCCUUCAUUCGACCUCCGCGACAGCCCGAUCACAACACGCUCAUACAUGUUAAAGCCCUAGGCUCAGCUACGGCUGGCGAACGCGACGCGCUCAUCUUCAUUACGGUGUACAAUCGACAGUCGUGGGGCCAGCGAGUACUGUCGCGGUCGUCGCAGCAUGUUCUGCUGUCGUCACAGACCUUGGGAGACUUGUACAGCGCUAUACCGUGCCCUUCUAAGGACCUUCCAGAGGAGCUGCGCGAUGAGACUGGUCGAAUAUCCGGCUACAGAACGCGUCGAGACGCAGAAGACAUGGCUAUCGAUGAUAACGUCGAGGCCGUAAUGUGCAUAGAAGGCGUACUGUAUGGCCGCGGCCAAGCGGUGGAUGACUACGCGGGGAAGGUGCUCCAGCUGAACGAGUCGCUGCCCGAGGGCAAGAGACAGGAUGUGACAAGAGGAUCUUCGCUAAACACCACGAGGAUAUCUUCGCUCAUUCUCUGCUUGCAUGAGCCCUGUUGGGUCCUCCAUGCUGGAAGCUGCGAACACUUCUUUGUAGUAACCAACAUCAGGGCAAAACAUCCUGCCGACCCCGCGUCAGGGUACCCCUUGACGACUCAGAUAACCCCUCCGCUCUCAGACUUCUGCCGGGUGUGUACCAAGGUGCCCGCGGUGUACUCUAUCGUGGGAGAUGUCAGGCUAGGGGAAAGCCCGUAUCUCAUAUGCGGACCGUGCUGGAGGUGGAUGGGAGAGCCAAAGGACGAAGAGGUGAUGGUGGUACCCCUUGCUAAGCACGAGCAAGGAUGGACGUCGGAGGUACCCUGACUAGUGGGCGUAUUAGCUUCUCAUAUAUAUGUCAUAUUGGC